AUGGAUAAAACAAAUUUCAAGGACAAGAGAAAGAAAAAUCAUAGAGAUAUCAAUGUUGAUACCCAAAUUCCCUGCCAAAUAUUUAAUUGUCCAAAUACUCAAUAUACAGAUUUAAACCGGCACAAAAGUCGCGUAAAAAUCUAUGGCAGAUUAGGAUUGACUGAUGACGAUAGAUAUGUUUUAAACUGUGCUGCUACUGUAAAUGAUAAACCAAUACACACGAACUUUUCCCAAGAUGUCGAAAUGUUGGCUGCUAAUGUAAAACUAACUGAAUCCCAAGGUAUUCAAGUCAAUCUUCAUGAAGACUUGAAAAAGAACAAAUUCAUGAAAAACAAAUACAGUCAAUGCAUGUGCAAAGAUACAGAUAAUGGACCAACUAUAUCAGGGAGUGAUAAGAAUAUUAAAGGCUGUGAAAGUCCCAUAGUUGUUAUAUCUGUGUAUUCAAAACAAGAUAAAGGUGACGCUUUAGAUCACACAAUUAAAAUUGAACAACCUCAAGUGACACUCAACGCGAAAAAAGGCAAAGAAACUAUUACUAAUAAACCAGAAUUUAAUAGGAAAUCACGUAUUGCUCAAAGUUUUCGCUUAACAUCACCGAAACCUAAGGAAAAUUUUCCUAAUAAUAGAGAGUAUCAGAAGGUAACUGACACGAAUUCUAGAUUUCAAAAUGUUGCGCGAAAUACAUCACCCAAACGCUUACAGAGCACAGAUAAAGAACAGAUCAAACAUUCAAAAACAGGUAUGUCUUAUAAAGAAGAAAUAAAAUCUAAGGCGAAUACAUCGAAAAAAUAUGACAAUAGGCAAGACUCAAAGAAUCAUAACGCAGAUAGAACAUUUGCGAAGAAAGCUAUUGUAGAUAGUUAUAUUUAUAGACUUGAUACUCCCGAGGGUAGAAGUAAAAAAUCAUCAAAUAAAUUUAUCCCUCCAAAAGACGACGUCUCGAAAGUAUCUGUCAAUAUCGACGGUGAUAAGGAGCGUUAUGAUUUAUUUUUCAAACAGAAUAAAUUUAACACAGACUUUGCUGUUAGAAGGACGCUUAAAAAUCAUGUUAAAAAUAAUAAGUCCUCUAUGGAAAAUAUUACUGACGUUCUGGAGAAAAGAAAAUAUUCUCAGUUGAGAUCGUCUUCCCCUGUAAACUUAAAUAGCAAGUUGAAUUUUUCUAUGAAAGUAAACGGUUCGGAAAACGUAAAACAGAAAGCGUCAAACCUUUACGUUCGAGACAGCAUUGAAAUAUCUCACAGACGAGGUAGUUCCGGUACUAAAAAAGCCAAUGGCGAGAGUAAAACUCAAAAACCCAAUGCUUCAAAACAAACGAAGCAGUUUACAACACCAAUAAAACACUAUCGCGGCGAUGAUUGUUCCGUUCCAGACCCAAAUGAAAGAGACAAGGAAAUACGACAGUUGCUCGGAAUAUUGACUGGGCGAAAAUUGUCUUAUACCAAUAACCAAAUGCCUCAGGAAGCCAGGACUCAUAACGAUGCAAUACCGCACCAGUUUAAUGGUGACAAAAUAACUGAAAAAGCUGAAGUCAAUUAUCAGAAUUCAGUACCAUACAAUAUUGAAUCUAAAAACACAAGACAAACUGACCCAGAAAAGUUGAUGAAAGUUGAAAACUCUUUUAAUCUUUUUCAAAGUAAUGAAAGCUGUAAGAACUGUAGUUCUGAUGAAAAUGGACAUCACAUAGUUCCUGCCAUUAAUAAUGUCUACCAGAAGCAGAAGGAAUGUUUAUUCUUAGAUGUAGGAAAAUUCAAACAUAAAAAGCCGGUUACGUUGUCUAGAAAACAAUAUACCAAACUAAGGAAAAGUAUGCGAUCUAAAAAAAUGGACAUCAAAAGACGUCAAGCUAUUAGUAACAUCAGCAUUGUUUCAAUAGGGGAAGUUAAAAUGAAAUCGAUAUGUCCACGUGUCGUUCGUGUGAACAAAGAAGUCCAAACAGAAAAGGAUGAAAUCAAGAAAGUAUGUAUAACAGAUAGUAUGUCAUCUGGCGAGAAUGUUACACGUAGUCGUGCCUCUCAAUUAAUUUCUGAAUUCUGGCCCAUUAAACAUUCAUACCAAAAUAUCAAUGAUAACUUGAUUGCUGAGAAAGAUAAUAAAAAUAGCUCCAUACUUAAACCAAGAAAUGUGAUUUCCUCGUUAGAAGUGCGAUAUGCUAGUGUCGAGUUUAUGAAACACGUAAAUUAUUCGUCGCCCACCUGUAGUAAAGGAUUAGAAACUUCGGUCUUUUCUAGCAAUGGCCAAAAAGACAAUAUCUCCGUACAUACGAUUUUUAAAGGUCACAAGAAAUCGGUUACGCCGAAUCUUGGUACGUCCGCAUAUUCUUUGUGUUCUGGUGACAGUCUGCAAUCAACUAGGAGCAGGCAAUACCAAAUCAGAGGUUCAGAAAAGAAACCUCUGCUUCAACGAAUAGUCUCCUGCCUGUUAUUGCGAACAAAAGUUUCCGAAUUUAAGAUAGGAAGAAAGGAAGUGGAGCAACAACAGACAAGGAACAGUUCAGUAGACUCGUACCAUAUUAGUACUUCGCUUGCUUCCCCGCCAGAACUUAUUUCGGUGAAGAUGUUGAGUGGAACUGAAUUGUGUGCUGUUUCUAUUGCUGUAGCGGUAAGUGCAAAGAAGAGAAAAAACAGAUCUCGCAAAAAGGGAGAAAAUGGGCCAGACAGUAGUGCAUUGCCAGGGAGAGAAACACACCCACAUUACUGA